AUGUACCUAUACCUAAAUCAAGUGAAAAGAAAAAGAAGAAAAAGCGAUCUUUAGGGGAUGUUCAGAUGGAAGAGACAUUCUUCGUUGCCCCAUCAGAAAAACCACCAACGUUAAAUUGCAAAGACUGGCCUCUCCUUCUCAAAAACAUAGACAGUUUAAAUAUAAGGACAUCACACUACACUCCUUUGGCAUGCGGUAGCUCUCCUCUACAGAGAGAAAUAAGGGAGUAUAUGAAAUCUGGAUUUAUCAAUCUGGACAAGCCAUCUAACCCUUCAUCACAUGAAGUUGUUGCAUGGCUGAAAAGAAUGCUGCGGGUGGAGAAGACUGGACACAGUGGAACUUUGGAUCCUAAAGUGACAGGAUGCUUAACGGUCUGUAUUGAGCGUGCUACACGACUUGUGAAGUCUCAGCAAUCUGCCGGAAAGGAAUACGUCUGCAUUUUUAAACUUCACAAUUCAGUACCUGACCAGUCUCAUGUUCUGAAGGCCCUUGAACUACAGACAGGAGCUCUCUUCCAAAGACCACCCUUAAUAUCUGCUGUGAAAAGACAGUUGCGUGUCCGGACAAUAUAUGAAGUAAAACUCCUAGAAUAUGAUAAUGAAAAAAAUCUUGGCAUAUUUUGGGUUAGCUGUGAAGCUGGUACUUAUGUACGAACCAUGUGUGUGCAUUUGGGCUUGACCCUUGGUGUUGGGGGCCAAAUGGCAGAACUAAGAAGAGUACGAACUGGUAUCCAGCAUGAAACAGAAAACUUGUAUACUAUGCAUGAUGUGUUAGAUGCAAUGUGGGUGUAUGACAAUUUCAAUGAUGAAUCAUAUCUAAGAAGGGUAAUACAACCUUUGGAAGCUUUGCUGACUACCCACAAAAGAAUAGUAAUGAAAGACAGUGCAGUUAAUGCAAUUUGUUAUGGUGCAAAGAUUAUGCUGCCCGGAGUUCUCAGGUAUGAAGAUGGUAUUGAGCUUAAUCAAGAGAUCGUUGCCAUAACUGUCAAAGGUGAAGCUAUUGCACUGGCUAUCGCUCUGAUGACUACAUCCACCAUUGCAAGUUGUGAUCAUGGAAUUGUGGCCAAAAUUAAGAGAGUUGUCAUGGAGAAAGAUACAUAUCCUCGCAAAUGGGGUCUUGGACCUACGGCAACUCUAAAAAAGAAAAUGGUACAACAAGGACUGCUGGAUAAAUAUGGUAAUCCAAAUGAAAACACCCCUGCUGAUUGGGCCAUGAAACAGAAAGAAGUUAAAGUAGAACCUGCAUCUCCAAUGAUUUCACGGAUAAAAGAAGAAAACUCUGCCUCUCCACUUCAACAAGAAGUUACAAAAAAGAGAGCAGCAAGUGAAUCAUCUGAUAGCAGUGCAGAUGAAGCCGUUCCUGAAGCACCUAAGUCACCUGAAAAGAAAAAACACAAAGAAAAGAGGCACAAGCAUUCCUCUGAAGAUUCACAACAUUCAGAGAAGAAGAAGAAGAAGAAAAAGAAGAAGAGUUCAUCACUUGAAGAAUAAAAUUCCUACUUUUAUAAUCCCCUCCCUAUUUGUUUUUGUUUUUUUUUUUAAAUCAUGACUUACGAAGAUUCAGAGCUAUUGAAAUUCGUAAGAUGAAUCUUUCAUUGUUAUUCAUUCUUUUAUU